AUGGAAAAGAACAUCUGCUUUCGGCAACGAAGGAGAAAAGAAGUCCACGACGAUUGCGUACUCGAGGACUCCUUAUCCCAAGGUGACUGGCACAUCGAGGAGGAUCCAAACGUGGACUACGAGAUGCUGCUCAGAGGAUUACGAGCCUGCGCUGAACGUGCCUCGAAGCCGCGCACGACAAACUUGUAUCGAAUUUCGAAGACCACCAAGGAAUUGUUGGAAAGAAGAAGGGCUUUGAGGCUUGAUCCGAAUGCAUUGCACAUUGAGCGGUUAGUUGCAAACACUAGCUGCAGAAAAGCGUUGCAGGGGGAUCUUUUGAAGUACAGGCAGAAGAAGAUUCUAGGAGCAGCACAAAGAAGAACGGGUCUAAAGAAGUGCCGCAGGGAUCUCCGCGAAUAUAAUAUUCCGCUAGCAACCUUGCUGAGCGAAGACGGGACUCGCACGUCUUCUCGUCGUGAGAUGGUAAUCAUUACGGAGAGGUUCUACUCGAACCUUUUCCGUUCAUCAACUCCUGUGUCAAGCCCAAUCAUCCCCAUUGGCGAAGCUCCACCACGGAUUCUCCCUUCGGAAGUACGAGUCGCUAUCAAGAGCAUGAAACCUGGCACAGCCCCCGGACCUGAUUUUAUAUCAGCAGACUUUCUUCGGGCUGGCGGCCAUCCGCUUCAUGUAAUCUUAGCAGCGCACAUGACAUCCUAUCUUCAGAAAGAAAGGAUCCCAGGCCAGUGGAAGACCUCGCGAACCGUUCUUAUCCAUAAGAAAGGUGACCGAGAUGACCUUCGGAACUACCGUCCGAUAUGCUUGCUGAGCGUGUCAUACAAAGUAUUCACCAAGAUCAUCCUCACACGCAUAUCUAGGACGGUGGAUGAAGCCCAGCCUCAAGAACAAGCUGGAUUCCGCCAGGGGUCCAGCUGCUUGGACCACAUCCAGACCGUGUCGAGGGUCAUAGAGGUUUGCCGGGAAUACCGCCAAAUAUAUGUAAUAUACAGAUAUACAUAUUUGGCGGUAUUCCCGGCAAACCUCUAUGACCCUCGACACGGUCUGGAUGCCAAAUAUAUAUGCCGCCUGCCCCUUGUUCUAACCUUCGUCGACUAUGAGAAAGCCUUUGACAGCAUAGAAACGAAUGCAAUACUGUCAGCGCUGGUCGAUCAAGGUGUGGACGCAUCGUAUGUGAGGACAUUAGCCAAUUGCUACGAACGAUGCACGACUAGGAUACAGCUUUUCCACCGCCUUCCCACCAUACCCAUUGGAAAGGGGGUACGACAAGGCGAUACUAUAUCGCCGAAGCUGUUCACGGCUGCAUUGCAAUGGAUAAUGAAAUCACUAUCCUGGGAAGAAAGGGGCAUACGUGUUGAUGGAAGAUUUCUCUCGAACCUUCGUUUCGCGGACGACAUCGUUCUCUUUUCGUGCAGUACCAAUGAAGCAGAAACGAUGCUCAACGAAUUGAACGAAGCAGAGAAGAGAAUAGGACUACGAAUAAACAGAAAGAAGACACAGUUCAUGGAGAACGCCCACUACGAGGACGGAGGAGUACAACUUGAAGGCUCCCAAAUCGUGGAAACUCCGUCACACGUAUACCUCGGACGUUCUAUGAACAUGGAAAACGACUUGAAGGAAGAACUGAAUAGAAGAAUGAGAGCAGCAUGGGCAGCAUUUGCAGCCGUCAGGGAAGCUACGGAUCAACUGACGGACCAAGAUCUUCGUGCCCAUCUGUUCGACUCGACAGUCAUUCCAGCACUCUGUUACGCAGCGGAGACGUGGGCAGACACCGCGGCCACGUCUAGGAAGCUACUUACUACCCACAGAGCCCUUGAGAGAUGUCUUCUGAAGUUUAACCGGCGCACACAACACCUUGCCGGUCUUCGUAGCUCCGACUUAAGAGGAAUGUCCCGUCUUCGCGACCCAGCGGAAUAUAGUUUGACUUAUUUCGUUAUUUUGGCCAAGUUCAAGCGGUGGACGAUAUACUCAACAUAA